AUGGAAGAGUACACCAGGGAGCCAUGUCCGUUUCGUAUUGGAGAUGAUAUUGGCUCGGCAUUCGCCAUGGGACUCGUCGGAGGCUCAAUUUUCCAGUCUUUCAGCGGUUAUAAGAAUGCGGCAAAAGGCCAGAAGCUGGUUGGUAUGUUGCGCGAAGUCCGAAUGCGAAGCACAUUGACCGGAGUGCAAUUCGCCGCGUGGGGUGGAAUGUUCAGCACAAUUGAUUGUUGUCUGGUGGCGAUUCGCAAGAAGGAGGAUCCGCUUAAUUCGAUCGCGUCCGGCGGAUUGACCGGCGCGCUUCUUGCUAUCCGCUCGGGACCCAAAGUGAUGGCGGGCAGUGCGAUUCUGGGAUCAGUGAUUCUCGCAAUGAUUGAGGGUGUCGGUUUGGUGACGACGCGCUGGAUGGGCUCGAUGAUGGACCCCACAGCACCGCCGCCAGAAGCAUUGGAAGACCCGCGCAGUUUGGGACAAAAGAGCCAAACGGAGCCGGGAAUCGACAACACGCGGCCAUUCGGUCUCCCGACCGGCCUGCCGAAUCUCUCCUAA